GUAGUCCCUUGCGAUUGCGAUAACCGUGCGAAAGCGAAGCUUGCGUUUAGGCUGCUGACAGAUCUUCAUACUGCACGUACUCCUAGGACGAGAAAUGAACUCGAGCAGGCUACAUAAGAGAUGCGUCCUGAGUACUUCCUCCUUGGCCACAACACGCUACAUUUUUGUGGAUGACUUGCAUCGCUUGGUGAUCUUCUCCACACGACAUCAAGGACACACAGUCACAGAACACAAGACUGGCGUGAGGCUCUAGCCGAAAAAGAGUGCUCCUGAUUGACGGAAGAGCACACCAGUUGAAGAAUAAUGCAGCAGGAUCCACCUCCGGGCGGGGCUCCGGGUCCGGGGCAGCAGACCCCAGUCGCGAUGAGCGCCAAUCCGAACAACCCCGUUGCCCUAACCGGUGCAUCGCCGACGACGUUUUCGAUGCAAAAUAACAGCACUCCCGUCCUGGUUCCGCAACAAGCGAGCGGUCCCAUCUACGUCGCCCAACAGCAGCAGCAGCAGCAGCCACCAAUACAGUACAGCAACCAGGGCACUCCGCAGCAGCAGCCACAAAUUGCAACGCAGGUCCCGCCCCCGGUGGUUCAGUUGGCAUCAAAUAAUGUGCCACCUAAUCAGCAACACCAACAGCUGCCAAUGGGUGGUGUCGGAAAUAAUCCUAUGAACGCGACACCGCCCCCGCAGCAGGUCGUGCCUACGGUUCCCAUUUCCUCCGCUCAGAUAGAGGUAGAGCCAAAGCAGGCAUCCUCCUCUAGUACGACGCCCCAGGCUCCCGCUGCGACGGCCAGCAAUCCGACUCUGCCUUUGCCGAUCCGGGUAGACGACUGGAUGCCGACAACGCCUCCGCGGGGACGGGCAGAUUCGGGAACUGAGGGUACGAUACAGACGCAGCAAGUAGCGUCGAAGCCGCCUGGGCAACCGCAGCAGCCUGGAGGGCAACAACAAGCUGCAAUGGUUCCUGCGUCGCAGAUCCAAGCACAAGCUCAAGCACCGCCGAGUGGUCAGGCGACACCGUCCUUGACAGGAGCCGUACCCGGAACUACAGGCUCAUCUUCCGCGGCCGUGACCAAGCAGCCGGGCACGGCAGGCGGGAUGGCGGGGUCGUUUCAACAGCUUGCCGGCUACGUGAGUGGUCCGUCCGUUCCGGUGCGUGCAGCCGGGCCCAUGCCGGGCAUGGUCUCGAAUCCUUCUGCCGGUAAUUUGCUGACCACCGCUGGAGGUACGCCGACGCCAAACACAGUCAACGGUCUGUAUCAGCAGCAGGCAGGAGGUCCGGGCUCGGUCUCCACUGCUACGGGCGGAGGACCACAGAGUAGCACGGGCACAGGCGCAGCCGCGAGUGCUGCACAGCUCACACCCGGCGGCCCGGGACAAAUUGCCGCGCCGUCGAACCCUUCGCAAGGAACAAUAAAUGCGACUGCGAGCGCUGCUCCGCUUGGUAAUUAUCGCCGGUUUGCGGUGGAGCACAACAAUCGGCGGCGUCUGUUCCGCUGCUGUCUACAGGAUACGAACGAAGAUGUUCUAGACACGAUCAAACAGGCGUUUGGGCUCUUUCACGUGCUUAUCAAAUGUAAAAAUGUCUGGGUCUGGAAGAUUCUAAACUUGUAAUGCUGUCUCUGGAUUCGAAAAAAAUUUGUAUUGCAUGACCAACAAAUACAAAAGGACUCCAGUUUGUGCUACGUGGAGAGGGCAUUUCUCAUGCGGUAGAGGCAUCACAAAGUCCUCUAAAAAUCUGUGAUGCUAGGGCAUGCAUCACAGACAUCAUGGGUCAUUCAAAAUAUGCAUGACAAUGACAAACCUGGCAGUCUUCCAGACCCAGACAUUUUUGCAGUUGAUAGUGCUUUCCAGCAAAGCGCGCAUACGCCUGCUCCUGCCCCAAACGCGUGAAACCUUAUGCAGUUUGCGCGCGGAGGCGCUCGGGGAGGGAGAAACGUAUCAGCUCCUCAUUUACGACCCCGAGGGGACUAUUCAGCGCGGCAUAUCCAAUCCGCAGCGCAUGCAGCAAGCUGCGGCCACUACUGGUGCCCAACAAGGUACAAGUACUGAGAUAGAAGAAACAAUGAGCGUGGUUUAUCUUCUGUGUAGUCGGUAACUGAUACGAACAUAGUUCAGCUUAGGUACUGCGUCGAAUUUGUGCGUUUUUUUGAAACACUACUCAGGUGCUGGUGCAUCCGCGCACCCCGCGCCUGUGCGCACCACGGGCUCGUCUUCCCAAGCGCAGGCGCAGCAGCAAGAAUCCGCGACUGCCGAUGGCAAGGGGCAGAGCCAGGUUUUCAGGCCGUCGGAACGGACGACGCAGAAGAUUAGGCGGAAAACGGAACAGCAGUUGGAUGAUGCAGAAUCCAAAUCUGCUGCCGAAGUGGAUGACUCGAACGAAGACACGGAAAUCGAACGCAGCCCCGAUGGUCGCUACAUAAGGUACCGAUAACUCACCUUGGAAGCGAGCAGGACGAUGACGGCUUCGUCCGUACCUCAGAAUAAUUCAGCUUAUAAAAAAAGCUGCACGGAGCCAAAGGCUAAGCGCAAGUUUUUUUUUUGCGAGAACCUUUGCUGUAGUAUAGCAGCUUUGCAUCGGGGAGUCACCUCACGGAUUUCCUAAGUAUACCUUGCACGCACGCCUUUUGCUUCUCAGGUACAAGGGCGAGCCACGCGGCGGCCCGGGAUCCUUCAAUCGUGUGAACAUGGGGUAUGACUCAAACACGGGGCGUCAGAUCGCCUGGAACGUGUUGGACCACGUGCCGCCAAACAAGGACAUGGCCGCAGACGCACGUAGGGAACAAAGCGAGUGGUACUUCUAUCUAGAACGAAAGUAAUAUGCACCUCUUCACAGAGUCGUUUUCGACGUGUAAGUGUAUUUAAUUUGUUCUACUUUGCUACCGGUCCUGCAUAAUUUUAGACGAAAUAAUCCGCUUCUAGGGUCGUCCACGGUCUGGCCUCUUGGGAAAAUGCGGGGAGCACGACGGACCCCUUCGUCGUGAUAACAGGGCGGGGCAGCUCGCACACAAUCCGGUCUCACAUCACGCGGCUGCCGAAGGAGCGGCCUCUGAAGCUUGCGGUCGUGCGGAAGUGGGCCCGGGACUUGGCGGAGGGGCUCCAGUUCUUUCUUUCUUUCAACCGCCUGCACGGCAACGUCUCCAUGGACAACGUUUUCGUGAAGCAAAACACGGGUAACAUUUUCCUCGGCGACCCCGCUUUCAUCGGGAAAACGCCCCUCCACACCGCGACGGAGAAAAUCCUAAACCACUCGAAGCUCGUGCCGGAAAGUCGGCGCGACGUAAUCGGGUACGGGCUGUGCGUCACCGAUAUCGUCUACAAAGCGCAGCUCGGCGACAAUGUGGACAAGCUGACGGCGUAUUUGGACCCCAACGCGCAGCAGAGUUUGCUCGACCGGAUCCAGCACGAGAGCCUGCGGGACCUGCUGAAAGCGUGUUUGGUGCAGCCGAGUACGCUCACGGCCGCGGCCAUUCUGGAACACGCUUUUUUUCACGAGCCCGACGAGAAUGACCUCUACUGCGAGGUGUUAAAGCCUCUGGAACCUAGCUAAGUUCAGUUGUUGGUUGGCAACUUCAUCAUCUGUUGACGUCGACCUGCCUAUGAGUGUACGAUGAUCUUCUUGUUCGAUGUUCGACGACGCGCCAUGACUGACUUCUUGUUUCUUGAGAAUAUGUUGCGGAAUUGAUUACAUUAUUGACCUUUAUCGGGUUUCUUCUUGCUUCGGAACUAAACCCUAUUGCGCACACUAUUAAUUUCUUGCGCACCUUUGAUGAUGCGCUUGAUUGCGCCUACGCAUACCCUAGGUCUCCUACUAGUGGUAUCAUUGUGGAUGAUGUGGCAGUUCAAGUUCGAUUGUUUCGACCGUCACAGACUUUUUCCAACGAUGAGAAGUUUCUCGUCUUGACGAUGACGCUGUUGAGGAUGUAUGAGUCAAAAGAUACUUGUUACAGUAAAACUUGCUUUAAGAUAAUACACAUGCCGCAGUGCGCUUAAUAUACAGCAUAUUACCGUGGCAUCACCUACGCUGCGUGCGAAGUGCAUGGUUUCAGUGUCCGCGACAUCAAAUGUUUCACGCAAGUCUGUACUUAGCAUUUCUGAAUACAACCGCAGUGGGAAGAACCCGUACGAAUGCGCCUG